GUUUUACUGGAAAUUGCGCAGCAUAUUUGAUACAUGCAUCGGAGCCUUUGUGUCUGCAGGACUAAAUAUCUGAAGGAGGUCCAGAAUCAAGAAUAACCUGCAUAUCACAGAGACUGACAUCAUGGCACAGACAACGAAAAAUGUUGUCCUUAUUGGAAGCACAGGAAAUGGCAAAAGCAGCGUUGGGAAUAUGAUUCUUGGAGAACCAGCAUUCAGCACUAAAGCUUCGGCUAAUUCUGUUACAACUGAAUGUCAGAGAAAAGAGAAAAUCAUUAAAAAAAAAAAAAUUGCAGUUAUCGAUACCCCUGAUUUCUUUGACACAGAAAAUGAGGAGAAGAUGAAAUCUGAGAUAAUCAAAGCUCUGAUUGAAUGUUCAGAAGGCAUUCACGCCUUUGUCAUUGUCCUAAAGGUCGGAAGAUUCACAACAAAUGAAAGGAAGAUGGUGCAACAACUUCUGAACACAUUGACAGAGGAGGUCUUUGAACACACAAUGAUCUUAUUCACUUUUGGUAAGCAACUAGAAAAACACCAAACCAUUGAAAAAUUUGUGGAGACCAAUUCACAACUAAAGCAGCUGGUUGAGAAAUGUCGAGGUCGCUGUCAUGUAAUUGACAACAAAUACAAAAAAACAAAAAACACAAAAAAAGUGAUGAACACCAUCCACGCCAUGCUGCAAAAGGACAGCUGCUACACCAACGCUCUGCUUCAAGAGCUGAAGAACCAAACUGAAGAAAAGAUGAAAGAAAAGAAAGCACACAAAAUGAGUUCAGAAAUGAAACAAUUAAAAGCAAAGAACAAUGUUCAUGAAACAAUUGUGAGGCGGGCUGCAGGAACAGCAUCACGGGUGCUGGUUAAUGCUUUUCUGGGUUCUUGUGAUCUAGUAGGUUCAGAUCUAAUAAGAACGAUUUCAGCAAGUCUAGAAAAUAUUGCUGAAAUAGCUGCUGGAGCAAAUGUUCUGGGUGCAGGAGAAGCAGCAGCAACAGUGGCUGCAAGUGCCAAAGCAGCAUCUGCCGCUGUUGUUGUUAGUGCAGCUCUUGGAGUAGCUGCUAAAGGAGCUCUUUCUGGACGGAAAGCAGAAGAUACAGCAAUGACCAGCUCUGAGAAUGCAAUAGCUUUAAUGAAUGAUGCACAAACUGCGCUUGAGAAUGCAAAAAAUAUGCUUGAAAGAGCAACAACUAUGCUUAAGAAAAAAAAAAAACAUGACAACGAGGUGGUACAGAAAAUCCUGAACACCUUCAAAGAUGAGCACGUCUUGAAACACACAGUGAUCUUAUUCACUUUUGGUGAGCAGCUAGAAGGCAAGACCACUGAAGAGUUUAUGAAGGACUGUUCACAACUUCAGGAGCUGGUUGAUAAAUGUGGAGGUCGCUGUCACGUCAUCGACAACAAAUACUGGAAUAAACGUAAACGGGGCAACAAGAGCAACAAGGUACAGGUGAAAAAUCUGCUGGAGACCAUUGACAAGAUUGUGGAAGAAAAUGGCCGCUUCACCAGUGAGGUGCUUCUAGAAGUGGAGAAACACAUUCAAGAGGAGGUGAAGAAUAUAACCGAAGAAAAUGUGCCUCCAGAAGAGCAACGUGAAAAAGCAAAGAAAAUUGUUCAUUGCAAUUAUCUGAGGCAGUUUGCAGGAGCAGCAACAGAGGCCGUGCUUGGUGCUCUUAUCGGAAUCAAUUAA